UGUGCUGUUUAAUUGCGUCACCACUAUGAUGGCGCUUCCGGACUGGACAGUGUAUUUAACGUUACUUUGUUUUGCUUCAGUAUGUGGAGGGUUUUACAUCUAUCGUGUUUUUAAAUGCGGCAGAAGUGCAUGGAAAAACAGUCUGAUCGGUAAACUGAUGGCUCGCACAGAGAAACCACUGUUUUGGAUAGCGUAUUCUCUAUAUACACGGACCAAACUCGGGUACAUAUUUCAUAAGAGGCAGAUAAGGAAAGCACAGGAGAGGUACCCUGCCGGCCACUCCAGAACUCAGCCUACUAUAAUAAACGGCAUCAAGAUCAUACCAGUGCCCAUCUUAUCAGACAAUUACAGCUAUGUGGUCAUUGACACUGCUUCAAAUAAGGCUGUUGUGGUUGACCCCGCUGACCCUCAGCCUGUUCAGGCCUGUCUAGAGGAAGAGGGGGUGACAUUACAAGCUAUUCUCUGCACACACAAGCACUGGGACCACAGUGGAGGGAACAAGGCUCUAAAGAGACGCUACAGGUCCUGUCGAGUGUAUGGGAAUGCUAUGGACAACAUUCCAGGCCUUACACACCCCCUUUCAGACAAAGACACAAUAGAUUUUGGAACUCGGCUGCACUUCAGGGUCUUCUUUACACCUGGACACACAGUGGGUCACAUGAUCUACUUGCUUGAUGGCCGAACAAUAGGUGGCCCCAGCAGUUUGUUUUCAGGGGACCUGGUGUUCCUCUCUGGAUGUGGGAGAAUGUUUGAGGGUAAUGCCUCAACUAUGCUGACUUCUCUGGAUACAGUGGGAUCGCUGAACGAUGAUACUCUGCUUUGGCCUGGACAUGAGUAUGCUGAAGAUAACCUGCUAUUUGCUGUUGAAGUGGAGCCUUGCAAUCUUGUGCGGGAUCAUAAGUUGCAGUGGGUGCUGCAACAGAGGGGUCAGAGACUCUGCACAUGUCCAUCCACCCUAGCGGAGGAGAAGCAAUACAAUCCCUUCCUGCGGAGUCACUCUCAGGAUCUCCAGCGGGCCCUGGGUCUGCAGCAGAAGCAGGACGAGGACUGGACGUCAUAUCGCACCCGUGUUCUAGAGGAACUGCGUAGACGGAAAGACCUUUAUAAGGCGCGAUAAGGCUCUCAUCCACUGAUAUUUGAAAGACGCAACCACUGAAACCAUUCCAAGCUAAACAUGUACUGUUCCCUUUGUAUUACUACUGUGCUGGAUUAAAAAACCACUAAUGUGAAUUUGAAAAGUGACCUGAAAGAAAAAGUUAAGUAGCCCUGGGCAUUAUUUGUAUAAAAAAUGUAAUGUGGGGUGUAAAAAAAAAUGUAAAAAAAUGUAUUUGAACUUUUAGAAUGUGGUAGACUUUGAAAGGCAUUGUCUGAACUUUUCCAAUUGUUAUAAUUUAUUUUUUUUAAACAAGCUCUCCUGUCAUGCUAAAAAGCAGGGGACUGUUUCAUAAAACAAGUUUACCAAAUAAGCCAAGCUUGUUUCAGUUAGUCUGACUUAUUUUCACUUGCUCAAGCUCAGUCACUGUGGCAAUUUAUGCUGGAAAAUUAACCAGGUCCAGAGCAAGCGAACUGUCUAAGGGUAAGCUAAGUUCCUAAAUUCUAAAUUCUAAGUUCUAAUUUAUUGUGCCAAAAAGAUAAGGAAUUAUUAUUAUUUUUAAAGAUUUAAACAGGUUUUUAUGACAGCUGUACCUUUUAUGGUUAUUAGUACAACAUUAAAACAUUACCAUUUAAAAUUUAUCAUUAAAGCAUUUAAAACACUAAAUUAAAAGUUGAAAAUAAUGGAAAUCAGACGGCCUGUAUUAGCAGCUUACAUUUGAUUUACAGUUACUGCCAUGAUAUAAUAACUUGUAUGCAGGAUUCAAAUUCUACACGCUCAUAUUUAAUGUCCAACAACAAAUAUAAUAACAGAAUGUAUUUUUUAUCCAGAAUUAUUGCGACAUCAUUCUGUGUGGUGAGACACCAGUCCUCGCCCUAUCCUGACCGCAAAAUGGCUAUAUUUUCAUGACACUGCCUGAUUUCUGAAAUUUACAGAUGAAAAAUACCCCUGUGACGUGUCAGUUAUGGACAGGGGAAACACAAUGUCUGAAAUGCAUUAAACAGCAUUAGCUGGAUCGAAUUAGUGCGAUUGCGUGAAUUUAAAUUAUAGUUUAUGAAAACUCUUUAGUCCCGAUUUAUUUUAUUUAGGUAAUUUCAAAUCAGGUUUUGGACUUUAAUCCCAGUUUUUCUUAGCGUCUUUUAAUGAAACAGCACCCAUGUGUUUUUACUAAACAUUGACUCUGUUUUGGAGAUGUGCAAAUACAAUAACGUUUAAUCUGUUUUGAAUACUUAAGCACUGAUAUUUAUGAACGGUUUGUCAUAAUAAAUGAACUAUUAACAAA